ACAAACUAGUCAGUGUUUCGUUACACCAGCUGCCUUUUUAAGUAAAAAUUAUGAACACGUUUAAAGUGACAAAGAUACGGACUUUGGCACAAUUUAAUUGCAUAAUUAUACAUUUCUUUUAAAUAAUAAUUUCUAAUACUUGUUAUUGAUAUUUGAUUGUUAAAAAAAAAAAAAACUAUUUUAAGAAAAAGAACACAAGAAAAACAAAAGAAAGAAGCAAUGUCAACUCGUGAUCCUGACAAUCUUAUGACCAUGAACGAAGAGAAUUUUGAUUAUUUAUUUAAAAUCGUUCUUAUCGGUGAUUGUGGAACUGGAAAAACGUGUGUUGUUCAAAGGUUUAAAUCUGGUACUUUCAUUGAAAGACAUGGAAAUACUAUUGGUGUUGAUUUUUCGAUAAAAACUGUCUUAAUAGAUGGUAAAAAAGUUAAGUUACAAAUAUGGGAUACAGCAGGACAGGAGAGAUUUCGUACCAUUACCCAAAGUUAUUAUAGAUCUGCUGAUGGUGUAAUUAUUGUUUAUGAUGUCACUAAACGCUCUACGUUUCUAAGUUUGCAACGGUGGGUGGAAGAAAUAAGAAGGUAUACAUCUUCUCACGUUUUACUCCUUUUAAUCGGUAACAAAUGCGAUUUGGAAGAUUUGCGAGAAGUUGAAAAAAGUGAAGCUGAAGCGUUGUGCGAGUAUCUUCCAGAAGUUUUACAAGUCAUAGAAACGUCUGCCAAAGAAAAUACAAACAUAGAUGCCGUCUUCUUCUGUUUAGCAUCCGAACUCAAGAGACGAUAUGAUAAUUGUCAAAUAAGCGAUAACGAGGAUAUUAUUAAACUCGGAGUAGGAAAAGAAUUAUCUUCUUGCCCUGGUUGUUCAUAUAAAAUAUUUUAAAAAGUACCUUUUUCUUUUUUUUGGAUACUACACAGACUGAGAUACAUAACAAUAAUUCUAAAUGUGCAACGAAAAUAAAAAUAUAAGAUAAUUAUGGUACAUUGAUGGUAAUGUUUGAUCAUAGAAAACGAAAAAUUCUAACAAGCUAAUGCUUUAAGCGGAUUUUAUACUUAAUUAUUAUUUUAUUUGAAAUACUAGAGAGAUAUUUUGAAAUGAAAAAUUUUAAAUAAUAAC